UAUACUGUAAUGCUCCAAUUCUAUCGCAUGCACUAUUACAUAAUCAUAAUAAUGUCUCAAAGAAAUUAGGGAUUUUUGCUCCCAAUAAUGCUUAGCAUAAAGCCUCCCAUGCCCCUGAACCUCGUCCCUAGAGUGGCUCACUCUCUGUCUAUAAAGCUUUGAGCUCAGGAAGAAAUGAAGGCAAAGCUCAUUCAAAUAACUCCUCCAAAAUUACUACUAAACAAGGCCUUCUAGCUGUAGUCUUCAAAUUUGAUGAUUACAAGGUCAAACUAGCUCAACGAUGUAAGUUCACUCUGAUUGGAAAAUUUGAUAAUAUAAUGCCCAAAAUGGAAGUCAUAAGGAGAAAGUUUAUCUUGAAAAUAGAGUUAAGAGACAGCAUUAAAUUGACAUAUUUCAAUUCCAAACACUUGUAUAUUGAUCUAAAUAAUGAACAUAAUCACUCUACUGUUUGGUCGAAAGAUAUACAUUCAGGGACAAAUGAUGAGACUUCACUUGUGGACACCUACAUUUAAUCUGGAGGAGGAGAUAACUCUGGUUUUGGUAUGGGCUAUUCUGCCAUAACUGCCUUGGAACUACUAUUGCAUGGAGGUGAUCACCCCCUUUGGUAUCCUAUUGGAAAAGUUUUAUUUCUCUACCUGGCAACUUAUAAGAAGACUAGAGGCAGUGUGGCAAAAGUGAAGUUGUAGAUUGAUCUAACUAAAAUCUGGCCCCAACAUGUAUGGAUGGGAUAUGAUUAAUGAACAUGUAGAUGGGAGAUAGCAAGUUAUUCAAUAUGAGGGUGUUCCAGAUUACUGUACCUAUUGCAAUCAUUAGGGGUAUGCUGCUAGUGUAUGCGCAAUGAAGCAGAAAGAUAAGGCUACAAAAAAGAAAAUUUUAUCACAACCAAAUGCUCAGGAGGCAAGACAUCAGAGCAAGCAAUUGGACCAAGUUAUGCUGAAUAAUAACCCUCAACAACACACAUCAACCUCUCCACAUCCUCAUGUUGAUAAGGGAAAAACCCUUCUGGUGGAAUUAAAGUCUCCAAAGAAGAGGGAAAGAAGAGAUGGUCACCUUGUGUCUCCAAGAAAACAGACUAGAAAUAAGGUGCAAAAUAAUGUAACUACUGCACAACCAGUUACAAACUCUUUCACACCUCUCUUGCAGGUCAAUGGAGGUAUUGAAGGGGCAAGUCCUACGGAGGAUACUGAAGAUGGCAGAGUACAGGUUGUGGAAUAUCCCACUGGGGAAUUUAAAGAAAACACAGUGGAGGUAAAUGUGUCUUCUCCAGAGACAAACUCCACAAAGGAUGAUAAAUUUCAACUAGCUGGGAAUGUUAGAAGCCAGGACAAGUGUUGCAGUGCAAAGAAAACAACAUUAGGAGCAGGAGGAGUCAUCAGGGACCAAUAUGGUGAUCUCAUUUUUGCAUAUGCUACUCCCCUUGGGCAUGGGACAAACAACAAGGCAGAAGUAGAGGCUGUUAUUUGGGGUUUAUCUUGGUGCCUAAAUAAUGAUGUACAACAAGUCAUCAUAGAGGUUGACUCUGAACUACUUGUUCGAUGGAUCAGGGUUAUGAAGGCACCUCCUUGGCAUAUAGAAGCUUCAAUUACCUCUCUCCUCAACCUCUUUGCUCAGUUUCAGUAUUGUAUCUGCAUACAUGUAUACCGGGAAGCUAAUUUUGUUGCAGACCUUCUUUCCAAGAUCAGUCAUCAGUCUGACAAUCUUCAACACUAUUUUAAUUACAGCCAACUCCCACUAUAA